AUGUCCAACUUAGGCGAUACAGUAGAAGGUAACGAUACCAAACGUGCCAGGUUUUCAAGUUUUGCCUUUGCAUCCGAUAAUGGUAUCUUACAGAAAAACAACACAUUAAGAAACUGGUUUUUAAAACCGACAGCUGACUAUAAGGGAGAGUGUGGCGGCAAGGCUGAAAAUAGCAUCAAUGAUGCCAAACCAAAUGAUAAAAACUCGCAAAGCUCUAUUGAAGAAAAAAAAUUGGGAAGGAAGGUUAGAGCUUUUUUCAGACAAACAAAUUCAAGUAAAGAUGGAGGCAUGUCAGAAGAUGAAGAGGACGCGUCAUUUUGGAGGAAGGCUAGUAACAAAGGCCCGAAGAAGGAAGAAUCCCCGGCUGAUAGGGAGAGGCAAAGGGGGAGCUUCACAAAAAAAAUCAGAAAUAGCAUUUUCAAGCAUCCAAUUAAUGGUAACGAGAAAGACUAUAAUGAUGAGAAGAAUCUUUUACUACCGGUCGAAUUCUCGUCAGAUGAUGAAAAUGCGUCUCAUUUCACUGAUGCGAACUCCCAUAUUAUUCAAUCGAAGAGCCCUGAGAAACUCCCUUCAAGAAACCAAAGUCCAACUAAAGGCACCAAUAAUAAAGGUCAAAGUAAGGAAUAUGGAAGUAUGUUCGAAGAAGAUAGUGAUGGAGACGAAUUUUCUCCAGACACUCCUCCCGAAAAUGUUCUUGAAGGUCCAUAUAAGUUUGUAUUUCAGACUCCGAAUACGUUUACAUCUCAGCCACAACCCUCUGUAGGGGAGGACUUCCACAACGGUGGAAGAUAUGUAAUUGAGUAUCUGAGCAAAAGAUUAACAGCUUUGAAUAUUGAAAUUGAUUUUGAGUCGGGAAGAAAAGCAGAUAUCUUUUCAGAGAAAGAGCUGCAUCGAACAAGCGAAAAGAUUAUAGAAAGCAUUGCUAAUGAAAUAUCGACGAAUGAAACGCGCAAGAAAGGUGAACAGGACGAACUUGAAAAGGUGAAGUUGGAGAAUUCGAGAUUAUCAAAGUUUAAACACGAACAUUCGCUACAGAAGCAAGAAAUUAUAUCUUUGAAAACCAAGCUUGAAUCCACCAAUAAGAAAAACAAUGAUCUGAUCAUAGAAAUGGAAAAGUUGAAAGGAAACACUCCAAAUGAGAGGAGAAAGGACUACAUAUUUACAGAUGAGAACGAAAACGGGGACGUUAUAAAAUCUAAUACAGAACCUGGCGUUUUAAAGUUGAAUGUUAAUGAGACUUCGGCAAAGCCACAGGAAGCUAAAGCCAAGCCUUUGAAGUAUCUUCCAAGAGAAACAAGGAAUAAUGAAACGAGGUUGAGGUAUUUAGAAAAAAAAAUUUCCGGUCUGGAGAAAUCUCUUGAAAAGAAAAAGAGACAAAUGAAGACCAACGAUGUCAGGAUAGAUUUGAAUAAAUUUACUGUUGACCAGUUUUUGAACUUGUUGAAAAGCCUUAAUGCUGUCUUGCAAUUCCACAAUGUUUAUGGUAACAAUUUGAAGGACUAUAACGAUGAUAUCAUCAAGAUAGAAACCUACUGCAGCGUCCUUAACACAAACGAUUGUUUCGAAGAGCCCUCAUUACGCCUGCAGGAAAAUAGCUUCAAAAGACAAUUAAGUCCUUUAUUUUCAAACGUUAAUUUCUCGUUAAUCGACCAAUUGACGAUGAACUUCAAGUUUUACGAAAGAUCUGCCAAUUUUCAGAAGGAAACAAUAGGCGGACUCAGAAUAAUGCUGGAGGAGAAGGAUAACUACAUCAAAACACUGAUGCAACAUUUGAAGAAAAAAGCUGGCACAAAAUUGAUAAAAGACAGCAAGAACGUUGCUUCCACUUAA